AUGAAGCGCUUGCCUCCAGAACAAAUUGAAGAACAGUUUGUCAAUGCUGUUUAUGACAAGAUUGCUCCUCAUUUUGACUAUACAAGAUAUAAACCAUGGCCAGGAGUCAAAAAAUUUGUAGAAGGAUUACCUGAUUAUUCAACAUUAAUUGACGUUGGAUGCGGUAAUGGUAGAAAUAUUGGUAUCAAUCCAAAAGUAUAUGAUGUUGGUACUGACUUCUCAUUGUCUUUAAUUAAAAUUGCAAAAUCCAAGAAUAAAAGCGUAUUCUGCGCAGAUGCCCUAAAACUUCCAGUAAAAUCCGAUUACUUUGACAAUGCUAUAUGCAUUGCUGUAAUUCAUCAUUUCGCUUCUGAAGAAAGAAGAAUCCAAUGCAUGAAAGAAAUUUGCAGAAUAAUUAAAGUUGGUGGUACUGCCUUUGUUACAGCAUGGGCAACAAAACAAAAGAAUAAAAUUAUUGAUGAACCAGAUCAAAUGGUAAAAUGGCAUGUCCGCAAAGAAUAUGACGCCGAACAGAAGGAAUACGAUAGAUUUUAUCACUUCUUCCAGGAGGAUGAAUUUCAGCGUAUUGUCGACAAGAUUCCAAAUCUUAAAUUAAUUUCUCAAAGCUGGGAAGCAGAUAACUGGGAAGUUGUUGUCAAAAAAGUCUCAGAAUAA